CUUUCAGCCUCGUUCCAAUACGCCGGUACCACGUGACACUCAGAAGAGAAAGGCACUAUCAUGGCUUCCGAGCAGGCCGAAAUAAACGAGCGACAACCUGAAAAUUCAACGGAUAAAGGUGAUCAAGCUGAAGAUGACCAGGAAAUGACCCCAGAAAUUAUCAUUAAACAUCCACUCCAAAACAGAUGGGCACUUUGGUUCUUCAAAAAUGACAAGGCAAAAGACUGGGCAUCUAAUCUCAAGUUAAUAACAUCAUUUGAUACAGUUGAGGACUUUUGGGCGUUAUAUAACCAUAUACAACCGGCUAGUAAAUUACCGUCAGGCUGUGAUUACUCAUUAUUUAAGGUAAAUAUCAUGACAAAAAUGGCUGAUACUUGGUUGUAUGUGCUGUAUGGUUACAAUUAUAUUGUUGUUUUAAAAUGUAAUAUGCCUGAAUAUAUUAUGGCACAUGCACUGUUUGUUAUUCUGUAUGCAUCUCUAGAAGUGUUCCCCUUUCUUUUUAGGAAAAAACUAAAAGAAAGAUUGACUAUACCACAGAAAAUAGCAAUAGGUUUCCAGGCCCACACAGAUACCAUUGCAAAAGCAGGAUCUACCACAAAAAACCGCUACACGGUAUGACAAGACAAAAAUCCAAAGGACAACAACGUAAUAACAGCCAGUUGAAUUUAGCCACUGAGACUGUUGAAAAGGACUUUGAAGGAGGAAAAUGGCACACUGUCGACUGAUACGAUAACUUUGUUAUGCCUGCCUACACUGGAAUUUCAUGCAAUGUUUGAGGCAGAGGAUGUUAAUGCUUUGUUAUAUGCCUUCAACCCCAGUUAUGGUAGUUUUCUAAAUGAAUUCUACCAGUAGGACAAGAUGGGCUCUUCCAGUGAUAAAAAUGUCAGCAACUCAAUGUUAGUCUUCACUGGAUGUAGAUGCAUUUGGUCUUGUCAAUAUAUUUGCACAUAUUUAUUGCUUCUGUUAUGACUGUAGUAAUUGCAGCAAAAAAUGCUGAGACAUCUUGUUGAAAGAGAGUGAUUUAAAAUAAGUUCAUAAUCUAAAAUGUGUUAUCUUUUUUCCCUCCUUUUGCUUGGGCUGCAGAUUAAUGUACAUUUGUAAAUGCAAUGGACCAGCUACAUUUAGCAGGGAAGUUAAUCUAGUUAGUAACCAGACUUAAUUCAUCAAGAUGAUUUAACUUUGUAAAUUUGCCUAUUGGAACCAUAUCAAUACAUAAUUUGGAGAUGCUGCCAAUUGUCAAGAAAUGAAUAGAUGAUCCCCCCAUCCAUUAUAUAUGCCAAAAUUCAAAUUUCCUUUAUGCUAAAACACAUUGCUGUAACUCAUUACUAUUUUAUAUACGAAUGCAGCAUUUUUGGUAGUGGGUAAUAAUUGAUUAGUGUAUUCUUAUUAACUGCAAUGCAUUCUGAAUGCCUAGACCCAAUUAAUUGGUGCAUCUUCAUGUUGUCAAAUUUACUACCAUUUUCUGUCUGUUAUGAUUUUACCCAGUUUGGCUUUGUCACCUUGCUGAGAUUUGAAAGGUGAAAUUAAACAGGUAUUGUUAGUUAUAUUCUACUGUGUAUAUGUAAAGAGUGCAAAUGUUUUGUAAUCGAGAAUUGUAAGAUUUGCAUAUUUCAGCAAAUAAAAAUUUUAUAGAUUAAAACUUGUUUGGUAUCAAAAUACAGACUAAGAAGUCCCUGGAAAGAAGUCAUAUUUGAAGGUCUGAUGUGAUGGAAAUGGUGACUAUCAUUUUGGGGGAGAUAUUAUAUUGGAAUUUAUGAAGUUAACCAAAUUUUAUGAUGUAGAGCUCCUUGCAAGAACCCACUUUGUGGAGCAAGAAAACCAUUUGUUCUACA